UGGUCACAAGAUAUGGAAUUUAUUGAUUUUCGUUUCUCAAGAGCGCUUGGUACAAAGAUUUGUUGACGGUCCCUAACAGCACCACCGCGAGUGGGAGAGGGGAGCAGCUGAGAGACGCUGGCCGAAAUCGGAGCCCCUCAAUCGGAUCAACCGUGAGCUAGAUCCCGCUGACUCCACGGUACAUGGAAUGUCCAAUACCCAACUUCAAACCAUCUUCACCGCGGUCAUGCACGCCUCUAGAUAAAACCCUACAUCAGAAAACUAAAAAUAUGUAUGACCAGGUGUUUUAUCUGCACGUGUUCAGCCUAAGCAGGUUGUGGCCUUUGCUGGCGGGAAUGCCAUCCUACCCUGCAGCAUGAAAAUCCCUGAUAGCUACGACAUUCCAACGGUAGAAUGGUCCAAGGAAGGCCUCAAGCCAGAUGUGGUCUACUUGUAUCGCGAAGGCUGUGAGACCUUUGAGAUGAAGAAUCUAGACUUUGAGUACCGCACAACCCUUUUCAUGAGAGAGGUGAAAAACGGGAACGUCUCCUUAAGGAUCUCGGGCGUGCAGCCGUCGGACGCUGGGACAUAUCAGUGCUUGAAAAUAUGGAAGAAAGGCCCCAGGGAGUCGACAAAAGUGAAGCUGGUUGUUGUUGCAUCCUCUGAUCCGAAGCUUGCGGUGGUUGCUGUGGACAGUAGAGGAGUGACUGUGGAGUGCGAGGCAAGGUGCUGGCUGCCAAAACCACUGAUGAGGAUUCUGGAUGAUAAGGAAAACAACCUCACUGUUGAAGAGCCAAAACUGGAAAGGACCGAUAGAGGAUGUUACAACAUGAAGCUAACAGUCAUCCUCCAGAGUCCCGUAAACAGGAUCAUUUGCAGCAUUAACCAGCAGAAGACCAAAGAAAGUAAGACUGCAGAGAUCCUUUUAGGAGCUCACUGGAGGCCCAGCUUUAAUCCUGCUACCAUCAUUGUUUGUACAAUAGUUGUUACAAUAUUUGUGGUUUGCAUAUUUUCUUCCGGAUUAUAUUUGUGCUGCAGGACCCAAUCCACUUCUGCCGGGCAAAAACAGACGUUGACAAAGAAGUUAUCAGACCAAAGUUUGACAACUAAUACCAGUGAAUGCAUUCUUGAGCAAUCGGCUGUGCAGGAUGAGACGGAAAUCCCGGAAGACAAGACUAACGGUCUCAGGUCGGACGACCGUCGGAAAGAUGAGACCACGGGACAACCAGAUGAGACUGCUCACAAUCUGCAGAACGUCAGAGCUCAACAUCGUUCUGCUCUCAGCCAGCUUGAGCAGCCAACAAUCCCCCGCAGUCCCUACAAAUCAUCCCCUGAGCUCCACUACAGAGCUUCAGGCUUGAACACAGACAGAAAAAACCUCUUGUGCGAUCGAAAUCUAAAAAGCGCUGUUUCUAAAUCUGUAGAAACGGUCUGUUUCUCUUCUCAAAACAGAUCAAGAUGUGACAGCCAAAAGCCAACCACUGUCCAAGCUGCAACCUACACAUCCCGAAGCAAAGAGCAUAAUAAAAGCUGUGUAUCCCUGACAGGGCCGGCGUCUCCACUGUCUAAAUCUCCAACCAGCAGCAAAAAAAGGUCAAAAACAGACAUUCAUUCAAAGAGUGACCCCAGUACCCAGAAGGUUGGCUUGGUUCACCAGAAACAUCCGCCUGAGCGUGCGUCGUCUUUCCAUUCCUACAACCCUUACAGUCCUCUGGCAAGUUUAGCCAACAAUGUUUAGAGUAUUUAUCUGGAGCAUUCAUAAAGUACCAUAUUUGUUUCUGACCGGAAAUCUGAUGGAUUUGUGCAUUAUGUACAUUUUAGGCUAUAGGUUACAUUCUAGCCUAAGAUGGUUUAAAUGUUGCGCUAUAAAGUUUCCUGGUCGGUUUCAUUCGAAUGCUUCUCAUUUUCCCCAUUAGUCCGUCCUUCCAUCAUCAUCCAGAAAUUAGGCAGUGACGUGGGAAAAACACACACGGACAUCCUUCUCUCCAGGGACGCUUCCAAGUCAUCCUGGUGUUCCCUGGCAGGAGGGGAUGCUUGUGUUGCAUUACCAUUUGCACUCUGAACUCGGAAAACCCGGGUUCUGAUCUAAAAAAAAAUCAACUGUAACGGCCUCUACAGUCGGACUUUUCCCUCGCAAGGUGUAGUGGGAAAGUCAAACAUAACUUAACCUCCAAGACUUAUUGGAUAAGGAAACGGUGAAGUGGUCAAGUUCCAGCACUUUGUUUGAGAAACAGAGCCCAGAUUACAGAGAAGGAAGUACUACACCCUGCAGUCCAGCUGCCUACCCCCCCCCCCCCCCCCCCCCGCCUCUCGGCUCCCACUGAGACCUGACAGCGGCCUUGCCAUGAGACAAAAUAAAAACAGCCAUAUCCCAUUCCCUAACCUGCACAGCAAAUACCCAACACUGACCUUGGCAAUCAGCAGAUGACGGAGUUGGAGUGCAGUUCUUGCGUCUCUAGUACUCAGAUGUCUGAAGUGACGUCAGGUCCUAGUGACUUUAGGAUAAUAUUCCAAGUCAGAUCCAAUAUGGCGGCUCCUCGCAUCAACAACAGUAAGCUGGGAUAAAAACAUGUUCGUUUUAAAAGACACAGUUGUAAGAGUGUGUCCAAAGUCAAUGUUACACGUAGCGGCUGCAACUCUGAACCAGACAAAUUAAAAUGGAUGUUUGCAUGUGGAAAGUGCAGCUUUAAAGGAUGUUUAUAAGAGGCGCUCCCGACAAAUCAACAGCUUUCCUGGCCGCUGUCCUGCUGUGUCCUCCCACUGGGAACUGACUACAACUGACUGAUGGGUGUUGUAGUCCAUCACUCAGGGAGAUGAAGGACAUCUUUCUGGUUUCUGGCCCUUCAUUCUGAUAUUCUUCAGGGAAAAGACACCUCAAUGCUUGACACAGAGUCCCCACUGACUGGGACAGGGAGGUCCACUUUUGCCACCCUUGAAAAAAAACGGCUAUUGAAAAGGAUAUUGCCCUGUUUUUUGGAGUUUUUUUCUAUGUGGUCUUUAAAAACUAACUUUUAUCAAACUUUGGGAAAUAACAAAGCUUGAGUCUGGAUGAAUGUCACCACUAUUUUUUUUGUUAUUGCGGUGCUUUUUUUUACUCUUUGUGGAGUUAGAUCUCUAUUCGGUGGCAAAUCAUAAGUUUAUUAAUGAGGAUCAGCGACGUGUUGCCGCAUCCUAUUUUUUCAAUGUAAGCUUUGGACAACAUGAAAUAACAUGUUUUACCCUGUGAUGUUAAACAAAGUGAAAUGGUCAACCCUGUGGUAUAAGUGACAAAUUUUGGUUUUUGAAACAAACUUUUUACUCUAGUGGAGCUUUUCUCUCAAAUGAAAUGCAGUUAAAGUUGAGGGUCUGAACCGUGACUCGCUCACAUAUGUGUCUGACCCACUAAAGGAACAUUGUCAAUCUUUAAAUUUCAUACACCAGCAAGGCCAAAUCCAAAAAAACAUAAAUAAAUGUACUCUUACUGAUUUAAUUCUGAAGAUAGACUCUUGAAUAUGUUGUACCAGUAGCGUUUCCAAAUGAUAUGAACAAUCGCUGUGUUAUCGCUGGUGUGAAAGACCAAAAGAAUAAUAAAUCUAAGUAAUUGGAAAAACAAGAUAA